CUUUCUCUUUCCCUCCCGCCCCCAAAACCUUCGCCAUGGCCAAGCCCGCCUACAAAGUCGCCAACAUUGAGCUCGCCGAGCUCGGCCGUAAGGACAUCAUGCUCUCGGAGAACGAGAUGCCCGGUCUGAUGCACCUGCGCGCCAAGUAUGGCCCCUCUCAGCCUCUGAAGGGUGCCCGCAUCGCUGGUUGCCUGCACAUGACCACCCAGACCGCCGUCUUGAUCGAGACCCUGACUGCUCUCGGCGCUCAGGUCCAGUGGUCCUCUUGCAACAUCUUCUCCACCCAGGACGAGGCUGCCGCCGCCAUUGCUGCGACCGGUGUCCCCGUCUACGCCUGGAAGGGUGAGACCGAUGAGGAGUACAUGUGGUGCAUUGAGCAGACCCUCGUCUUCGCUGAUGGCCAGCCCCUGAACAUGAUCCUCGAUGACGGAGGUGAUCUCACUAACCUGGUCCACGAGAAGUACCCCCAGUACCUCGAGAACAUCAAGGGUGUGUCCGAGGAGACCACCACUGGUGUGCACAACCUCUACAAGAUGCUCGAGAAGGGUAUCCUCAAGGUUCCUUCCAUCAACGUCAACGACUCGGUCACCAAGUCCAAGUUCGACAACCUGUACGGUUGCCGUGAGUCGCUGCUCGACGGUAUCAAGCGUGCCACCGAUGUCAUGAUCGCCGGCAAGCCCGCUGUUGUCGCUGGUUACGGUGAUGUCGGCAAGGGCUGCGCCCAGGCCCUCAAGGCCUUUGGUGCCCGUGUCAUGGUCACCGAGAUUGACCCCAUCAACGCGCUCCAGGCUGCCAUGGAGGGUUACGAGGUGACCACCAUGGACGAGGCUUGCAAGGAGGCCAUGAUCUUUGUCACUGCCACUGGCUGCAAGGACAUCCUGACCGCCAAGCACUUUGAGCAGAUGAAGGAUGAUGCCAUUGUCUGCAACAUUGGCCACUUCGACUGCGAGAUCAACGUUGCCUGGCUCAAGGCUAACGCCAAGUCGGUGAUGAACAUUAAGCCCCAGGUCGACCGCUACGAGCUUGCCUCGGGCCGUCACAUCAUCCUUUUGGCUGAGGGCCGUCUCGUCAACCUUGGCUGCGCCACUGGCCACCCCAGCUUUGUCAUGUCCAACUCCUUCUCCAACCAGGUCUUGGCUCAGAUCGAGCUCUGGACCAAGGCUGAGCAGUACCCCGUCGGUGUCCACUUCCUUCCCAAGGCUCUUGAUGAGGAGGUCGCCAACGCCCACUUGGCCAAGAUUGGUGUCAAGCUCACCAAGCUCAGCGACGAUCAGUCCACCUACCUUGGCAUCCCCUCGGCUGGUCCCUUCAAGCCCAACCACUACCGCUAUUAAGCAGUUUUCUGAGAAGAACACCGAUGAGGCAUGGACCGGCCUGCCGCACCAUCAUGGGAUCGAGCCUACGCCAUGUGGCCUGACUCGGACUCAUGAGGCAGGGCGACUGUGGUUGUCACGUCGUGUUUGAUUACUACUUCUCUCUCUCUCUCCUUUUUAUGUAAACCUUGUCAAUUUUGUCCUGUCGUCAAAAGAGGGCACCGAGUGCCUUGGACACGCCUCCCGAUGGUCCCGGUUGAGGCGACCCGAGUCUUUGCUUCUUUUCUCCGUGAGGAAGGGGAAGGUUUGGAGAAGACGUUCAUGUCAAUCACAUGCACUUCUUCCUUCUUGCUUCCUCGACUUUUUCGUUCUUGUUCUGUCCCCUUUGGCGACAAAUCAUUCUCUCUACGAGGAGAUUAACCGCUCCGCUGCGCUUAUGUGUUCCGUCUUCCUCCGUGUGCACGCGUUGAGCCUUGUGUUGGUUUCCUCUUCCUUCUACUUUUCCUCGGCAAUUUAGCUUUGAUGAAC